ACAUAACGCUCACACAACCACAAGAAUCACCAAUUAAGCAUCCAUCCAUCUCCUCAUCACUUGUUCUUCUUCUUCUUCUUCUUCUUCUUCUUCUAAUUAACUUGCAGCCAAUCCUAGCAGAUACUUACUAAUCAUAAUCAAAUAUGAAGGCCUCACGUCAAGGACAAGUUAUCGGAAUUCCAAUGAACUCGGCAGCAGCCGCCGCAGCUGCGUAUUCGUUUAAGAGUGCAGAUCAUACUGCUGCUAUCCAAUAUCAUCAUAACAUUCCAGCAGCGGCUCCUAAUGAUCGUGAAAUCACUACUGGAUCUUCAAAGCUCAUCGGACAAAGCAGAGUGCAUUCAGUGCUUAACAGGAUGAACAAGCUUACCAAGAAGGCUGACAGUUUUGCCCAUGGAGUCAAAGAACACGUGAGACUGGGGUCCAAGAUCACAGAGACGGUGAAGUGGAAGCUGAGGCUGGGGGCUAAAAUUGUGAAAGUAGGAGGGACGUUAGAGAAGGUGUUUAAGCAUGCAUUCAGCGUCAACGCAGGAGAGAGGCUGCUCAAGGCAUCCCAGUGUUAUCUGUCGACCACGGCGGGUCCUAUGGCAGGCCUCCUCUUCAUCUCGACGGACAAGAUUGCGUUUUGCAGCGAGAGAUCGAUCAAACUGCCAUCGUCAGAUUCAGAGGGACAACAGCUGGUAAGAAGAGUCCACUACAAGGUGGUGAUCCCAGUGAACAAGAUCAACAGGGUCAACCAGAGCGAGAACGUGAAGAAGCCGUCGCAAAAGUACGUAGAAAUAGUUACUGUGGAUGACUUUGACUUCUGGUUUAUGGGGUUCUUGAAUUACCAGAAAACUUUGAAAUAUCUCCAGCAGGCUAUUAAUAUUCCAUCUCAAGCUUAAUUAAGUAAGUACAUGUGAUCAAGUUGUGAGUAAUUAUGCACAUUAAGCUAGGAGUACUGGAAGACGUGGAGGAGGAGCUCAAUACCAUUAAUUUACGGACAAUGUGUAUAUAUUUCUUUUUUAUUAAUGAGAAAAUUCUCUUUUCUUUGAAAA